UCCCCCAUCUCCUUCUACCUCCCACCGCCACCUCCUCCCGUUUCGCGCCUUUUCUCGGUCCACCCGCGCGCGAGCUGGAGCUCCACGAUUCGCGCAUCUCGACCAUCUCGCCGUUGGCGGCAGUGUGUCAAGUGUGGCUUUAUUGUGUUUUGACUGUUUGACUAACGUAUUGGAGACGACCGGCGGUCCCCUGGGGUUUUCGGAGUGCCGGCUGGCGUGCGCGCUCCGUAACGUCGUCGCUAAAUAAUCGCGGUGCGACCGCGCACGGGGACCGUCGUGUUAUCUCGCUACCAGUCGUCGCGACCAGUCCCGCCGUCGGUUUCGCGCCGAAAGUGAUCGCGCAUCAAAUGAGAGGGAAACGCGGCAAGUGACAACGCUCCUGUUGCUCGUCGACCGCGGCGGCGAGGAUCCCCCCGGUCGGUUCGAUCCCCUCGACAAGGCGCGACACGUUUCAUGAGUUCCAUCAUAUCUCUCCUGUCCGCGCGGCAAGUUGGUGUUUACGGGAAAGUCGCGCGUGUCGUUUCGUCGGUUAGGACGUGCUUUAAAAGGGUGGACUACCGGCAUCCCCAGGACGAGGGCAUCCUAGGGGCAACGGCGUUAUUUUUCCCAGAAGCCAACGUCGCGCCUGACGUCGAUUCGACGAUAAAUUUCGAGAGAUCGCGCACUCUCGUCUGCAUUCCCGGACCUGGCUCGUCGAGGACGAGCUGCUGUCGCAUCUACGCAAAGUAAUAACGCCGACCAACUACGGUCAGGAUGGACGGAGGAGCUUCUCCUGGAGUACCCCUCGGCGAGGCAUCGAACGUGGACAUCGAGUCGCCGAUGUCCAACAUCGCCAACGAUCUGUCGAGAUCAUCACUGGACUCCGGUGGAUCGAAAAAACGUCACUUUUCACGUUCAAAAGGUACCUUCAGCACCCCUCGUCGCGUCAACGAUCCGAAAAGCGAAAGUUGUUCAAAUACGAAGGACAAGAUUCAUCAAGAUUCGGAAAAUGAAUUUUAUAUAAGAGCAUCGAGCGCACGUGGACGGCGAGAAUCAGCGCAUGAGAAACAUGCACAUGACAAGGAGAACAGUGGCGCUCCUGGCACCUGGUACAGCCGCACUCCGCAAAGAGUGCGCAGUAAGAAAGUACGGCAACCUUUGGAAAUCUACGAGGAGAACAGCCAGGAUAGCGGUCAUCCGUCGAGCCCUACCAGCGAGAUGGAGAAGAGGCGGCGAAAAUUCUUCGAGUACGCGAAGUCGCAUUCCUUAACUUUGGAUUAUCGAGUGUUGGACCCAUAUUCUCCAACGCACGGCCUGAGGCCCACGAGUUCGUCCCUCUUGCGUAGCCUGUCGUCGGGAUACGAGAGCAUGGAUGACGGGCUUGUGAGCGAGCUCAACGACAUGGAGACCACGGAUGAUGAGGAGACGCAGCAGCUACCGAGCGGCAUUUCAAAGCUACUGUCCGGCGAUAUAGUCACGCCCGAGGCGUCGACAGAUUACGACGUCUCCCCCGACUUCUCACGGAACAUGUCGUCCAAGGUCAAAAAGUGGUUGUCAGUACAGAGCGGCAUGUGCAAGCGGAACAUCAGGACGAUAUCGUCGCCGCUCGCGCGGUCGCCGUCGUUGACGAGGUCACCGGCGGUAGAAAGGACGCCUUCGCUGGCGAGGUCACCCUUGGAGAAAGUGCCGAUGUCGAAAAUCCGCACCUGCCUGUUUCGCUCACCAACGGCGACCUGCUCGAAGAGGACGAUGAUGAGGACGUACAGCUACGACGAGGCCUCGGCGCCCUACUACAGACUACAAAUGGAGUUCUCACCUUCCGUCAGGCCUUACAAACGGCCGUCGGAAGACCUGCUAGAGGACGAGACCUCGAAAAGAUCCCGCAAGUCCAGCGGCUUACGUCUGGACACGACACCCAUGUCGGCGAGACGCUCGAGUACCUUGACGCACUCGCAAAUUGCUCUGCAGAGAAGCCUGUCCGAGUCGAGGACAGGCGCAACCGAAACGCAUUCGAACCUCAAGUGGGCGAUCCACCGCAGUGUCACCGACAACGAUCUCAUCGGCGACUUCAGCAAGCCGUGUAUACUGCCGCUCACGAGCGGCAUGCACGCGGACCUGAAAACCAUCACGUCCAACACGCUGGCGGCGCUCCUACGUGGUGAAUUCGCCGAUCGCAUUGCCUCCUACACGAUUGUCGAUUGCCGAUACCCAUACGAGUACGAGGCUGGCCACAUCGAGGGCGCGGUGAAUAUCUACAACAUGGAUCUCGUUCAGCAGAUCAUGUUCAAUCCUCUGGCCGAGACCGUUCCCAGGAUCCAGCACGACACCGACAAGCGCAACAUCCUCGUGUUCCAUUGCGAGUUCUCGUGGGAGCGCGGGCCGAAUCUCUCGAGGGUUCUACGCAGACUGGACCGCGCGUGCAACAAGGAGCAUUACCCGGCACUGUACUAUCCGGAGACUUACCUCUUGCUAGGGGGCUAUGAGAAGUUUUACGGCGAGCAGAAGGAGUUCUGCACGCCGCAGGAUUACAAACCGAUGAAGCACCCUAAUCACGAGGAGGAGUGCCGAUUCUUUCGCAGCAAAUGCAAGAGCUGGCAAGCGGAGAAGACCAAAGGGAUUAGCCAGACAGUGCGAGCAAACCUCGAGCGUUUUGCAUUUUAAACGGACAUUCGCUUUUCUUUAUUUACAUUUAAUCUAAUUUAAGGCUAAAUUCUAUCCCCCGUCGUUACUAGUCGCGAAUCGUUAGACGUUGAACGUCCUCAGAGACGGGAUUAUCAAACGCGCGCCAUGCGCGUCGCUAAAGUGCAAACGGCGUAAAGAGACUACUUGUUCAUUAUUAUUAUUAUUUUUAUUAAUUUUUGGUUGCUCUUUGCGCUGCAACAAUGUGACUGACUCGAGGAUUUUUCUGCGAGUGUCUUACACUGUUUAAAAUGUAGAUGUAAAUGCCAUUCAACCAUGUUUAGAUUUUAAUCGAUCUUAAUACUUAAGCAUAGGAAUUUAGGAGUUUAGUACAGAUAUCCAAGAUCGAUUAGAAUUUAUAUCUAGAUUGUACUUUUGAAAGAUAAUGAGACAAUUUAGGCUAUAUGGUGAUAUAUCAUUGCGGCUGUUUCUACACACACACACACACACACACACACACACGCACACACACACAUCCCACCGAGAUCGAAAUUUGUACAUAAUAAAAAAAAAUUUACAUAUCGGGCAGGAUUAUACACUUCACGUUCAUUCUGUAAUUAAGGACAUUCUGUAAUCAAACAAUGCAAUUCAUCCGACGUGCUGAAAAAUGGCAGGGUAAUCAAAGGGGUAUAAUGUUACGAACAUACGUUGCAAAUUUCUUUUUUAAUGCUUACAACACCUCAGGCGGCAUCUCAUUGUAUUAUAUAGGACAUACGAUUGGGACUUCUCGACGACUUAAUCUCUUCUCUCUUUCUGUCGGUAUUGCUUUGCCAAUUUCUUCUAAAGCAAACGGUCGACUUUGGAAAAUUGCAUAAAGUGUUACCAAUUAUUCGUUGUUGCAAUUCGAUGAAAAUGUAUUAUUAAUAUACACACGGAAGAUUAAUCCUUAAGUACUUGUGCCGGAUCAGUGCGAUUUAGUCGACGUUUCUCUCAAUUGUACUUUUUUUAAAAAGAAAGAAUGGAAGAGCUAGUCUCAUGCGUGCUCCAAUGAGAGGACUCAAAUUUUAUAAAAAUUUAGCAUAAAAUCUGCUUUUUUUCUCUUGGAUUUUGCUUUUAGAAGUUAAGGAGAGAGAAUUUUUCUUUGCGUAAGGACUUGAGGAUUAAUCGAAAACAUCAAUUAACUACGUAAAAUUUGUCUAUCGAACCAAGUGAUGCAAAUACUAUAAAAUGUGCAAAUCUUUUUGUUGUUACAUUGUAAAAAUUAUUUUUACGUUACAUAGAUAAAUAUUUACGCCAUGCAAUGCAAA